AUGACUCGUCAAUAUCAAUGUGUACAGUAUUGUGUGAUGUAUUUAACAUUCGAUGAAACAUUCGAUACACUUCCAUCUACAUGUAAUGCAACAUAUCAGAAUAAUGAAUGUUAUUCACAUAUUGGUUUUAAUUAUGUGACAAACUUAAUCCAAAUUACGUUUGGUGAACAAAGUAUUGAAAAUAGUAAUGCUGGACCAGGCGACUAUUAUAUAUCACAAGAGACAGAAAUGUGGCAUGAAGCAUAUAAUAUUCAAUGGACAACAUCAAAACAUAAAUGUUAUCAUGGUGAUUUGUGUGGUUUUGAAUAUUCUAAAGCGAAAAUAUUGCAAAUGCGUAAAUUAACAACAGGCUUUAAUCAAUUUCAACAGAAAUUGGCGUCUGCUUUGUUCUCAGCAGGUUCAGAGGCAAAUAUUAUCCGUUGUUUAUCAAAAGAUGGCCUAAUUAUUACAUGUGGUGAAAAUAUAAAAUCAUGUAGUUUAAAUAUUGAUAAUGUUUAUGCAAACAAGUCACAUCAAGGUUGCUCGUCACAAAGUGAUGAUCAAUAUCGAAAACAAUUGGGAAUUCUAGAAGAAACGUCGUAUUAUCUCAAUGCUUGGUAUUUCGGCCCUUUUCCUUUGAUUUUUGGUAUAUUCACCGUUGUAUUCACCUUGAAACAAGAUUCCAUUGCACGUAUCAAUCGUGAACAUGAUCAAUCUUUGGCCAACGAAUUAAGAAAACAGACUGUCUACGAUACAUAUAUUGAUGAUAUUUCCAGGCUACUUCUUCGGCGUGAUUUCAAUCGAUCAGAUUCUAGUUAUUUGAAAAUUAUUCGUACAAAAACACUGAGCACUCUUCGACAACUAGAGAUCGAACGUAAACGUGAGAUAAUUCUCUUUCUCUACGAAAAUGAAUUGAUUCAAAAUAAUAAAUAUCCAAUUGAAGAACUGGUCGCACUUGAUAACGGUGAUCUCAUUGGAAUUGAAUUUAAGCAUUCCAUGACGUUCAGGUGUGAGCUUGUGAACUUAUAUCUAGCAAGUAUUCUGGUUUCCAACAUUAUAUUUAAUGAUUGCCAAUUAAGAAAUGCUGACUUCAAUGGAGCUUCGAUGGUACAAGCGACAUUCAAUGAUUCUAUCAUGUCCUCUGGAAAUUUCAUGAAUUCUGAUCUAACUGGUGCUAGUUUCAAUGAGAACAAUAUGCGAAAUAUCAAAUUUGCAGGAGCAACACUCACGCGAGCCAGAAUUUGUAAUUCAAUAUUGGAACAAGUUGACUUUACGAAUGCAGAUUUAAUCGAAAGCAAUGCUAAUAUUGAUCAGCUUAUGAUUCCGAUUGGUGAAAAGGCGAAUAUUUUUAUUAAUACUCGAUUUCCAAACGGUUCUUUCAGUGCCAUCAAUCGUUCUCAACUGAUUUUAGAUGGCAGUGCUGAAGAGAUGUGUACAACGAAAACAACACCAUGGAAAACUGCCGUCGGCUUCGAGAACGUAACAGCGAUCAAUACAGGCAACGAGUCUAGUACUCCAUUGGCUCCCAUCGAUGGUCAUUAUUUUUUUAAUUGUAGUUGGAAUAGUCAAGCGGAACAACUAGUUCAUAUUCAACAUUUUUCACUGCUAAUUGAUAAUGAACAAGCUUGGUAUAAUCUAUCGGCUCAUUUUGCUUGUAUCUCUACGAAUCAAAACGAUAAAGCUUAUGUUCAAAUUGAAUAUGUUACGGACGAAAAUGCUGAUAUUGAUUCUGUUCGACUAGAAUCAGACAAAGGUCUAUCAUCCUUUCAUUUCAAGUAUCAAAUUGGACUUAUUCCAAGUGGUGCUCGAGACUUUUCAGUCAAUAUCGGAGCUGAUAUUGAAAGAACAAGCACAAACAAUAUUAGUGCGCCGUAUUGUGCCAUCGAUAGCGUCACAUAUUUUAUCUUCAAGAAGGAAGACAAGUAA